CCUAUUUCAUUGUUUCCCUCCCUGCACCGCUCUGUUUCAGCUUCCUCUGCCGUCAGUGCCACUCCUCGCUUUGAAGUUUCGCACAUGGCUUCCACCACACCACAUGACCAACCGCAAUGGGAAUUCUCCUGAGGGCACUGAGUCGAAAUUCUAACAUAAGGCAACCAGAGCACUAGGCUUCUGAGAGAAAACUACUGUCAGCAAAUUGAUUUUAGUUAAUCAGUGACAUGGAAGUGGAUUUUGGAUCUGAAGAGCACGCUUACAUUGUUUAUGCUGCCUUAGCCGUUGAUAAAGAGUUGCAACCUGAUAAAGUAAAACGAGGCAUGACAGUGUCAGAUGGAAAGCUGUCAGUGCACUUUGAGGCAACAGAAGCCAGAUUUCUUCGGGCAUCAUUUAGUGCUUUUGUAGAUGUCCUGACGCUAGCUACAAAAACUAUUGAACAAUUUGGCCAAGAAAUGAAGUUGUGACAUCACAUUAUCUAUUGAAUGUUUGGCUGUUGAAGUGUACUAUAUAACUUCUACCGUCUAAAUGUAAUUGUAUUUGUUUCUUUCACGUUGGAAAAGUGUUCACAUUCAGUUUUGAAUUUUUGUAGAUGAUAUUUAAUGGGUUUAUUACAUAAUAUGCUCAGUAACUCCAGUAAUGUACUUCUAUUUACUUCCAAUUCCUGGAUGAUAGUUGGUGGCACAGAUAAAAAUUGUUCCCUAAAAUUUAGAAAUUUGCUGCUAUAGUGCAUACAGAAUCAUGGAUUGCCAGAGGUCU